AUGGAUGAUGUUCUAACUGGCAGCGACAAAUUGGAAGAGGCCAUCAGCUUGCAAAGACAGCUUACUGAUCUGCUGGCAAAAGGUCAGUUUCCCUUAAGGAAAUGGCGAUCAAACGAUGAUCGAAUUUUAAAGCAUUUGGCGCAAGAAGGCAUAACCGAAGAGUUGUUAGUAAUACACAAGAAAUAUACAUGCGCCAUUGAAAACAUUAGGAGUUUUAUGGAACCAUCGAGAGGAUGUUCUACAAUACAACGUGAGAGAGACAACAUCAAGUCCCUGCCGCAAGAACUUCAUAGUAAAUGGAAAAAUUAUCAAGCAUCGUGGGAUCAGCUCCGCAAUUUGAAGAUACCUCGUCAGAUUAAAGACAGGGAUACCACAUUAAGGAUCAUCAUACAUGGCUUCAGUGAUGCAUCGGAGCGUGCGUACGGAGCAUGUUUGUAUGCAGUGACUCGCACUUUAGAUGGUAAAUUUCAAUCGCAGCUGCUCUGCGCCAAGUCGAGAGUAGUCCCGUUGAAAGUCAUAACAAUCGCUAAGUUAGAAUUGUGUGCCGCAUUGUUGCUAGCUAAGCUGUACAAGACAGUGCAAGAAGCUCUUGGAAAUAAAAUAGCAGACGUACAAUUUUGGAGCGACUCAACCAUUGUAUUAGGUUGGAUUCGCACGUGCCCUAGCACCUUAAAAACAUUUGUAGCGAACAGGGUUUCGCAAAUACAAACUCUCGGAUCGCAACAUUGGCUGCAAGAAGAGAAUUCAUGGCCUGAGCAACCAAGCAGUGUGAAGGAGUUAUCAGAGAAGAAAACUGUAGUCAGUUUCGUGACAACGAUUCAAGCCUCAGAAGUGUUACCUUCAGUCUCAACAUUCAAGCGGCUGAUUCGAAUUGUUGCAUAUUGUUAUCGAUUUGGAGCUCGAUGUAAAUCAAAGGUCGAAACCGGAGCAUUGACAGUAGCAGAGCUUACAAAAGCAGAAGCAGCAGUUGUGAGAGUAGUUCAGAGGGAGGUUUUCGCUCAAGAAUACAGAGAUUUACAGAAAGGUCAACAAGUCAAAAUUAACAGUCAAUUAGCAGCAUUGGAUCCUUUCUUAGACAGCAAAGAUCUCAUAUGUGUUGGAGGUCGGUUGCAGCAUUCAAAGCUAACGGAGGAAACGAAGCAUCCGAUAGUGUUGCCAUCAAAGCAUCAAGUUACCAGAUUAAUUUGCAAAGAUGAACACGUGCGUUUACAUCAUUGUGGAGCAGAGUAG